AUGCCAACCACGCAAGACCUCCCGAUGGACCUCCCCAUAAUCGACCUCGACAUCUUCCUCACCCAACCCCCCACCUCCCCCGCCGUCGCCGCCGAGUGCGCCAAGGCCGCCGACGCCCUCAUCACCUACGGCGCCCUCGUCCUCCACGACUCCCGCGUCUCCGAGUCCGACAACACCGCCUUCCUCGACCUCCUCGAGGACUACUUCGCCCAGCCCGAGCACCUCCUCCGCCGGGACGAGCGCCCCGAGCUCAGCUACCAGAUCGGCGUCACCCUCGAGAACACCGAGAAGCCAAAGUGCGCCGUCGACGAGCCCUGUCUGCGGGUCAUCGAGCGCCUCGCCCCCUCCGAGCGGCCCCUCGACAUCGGCGCCCACGAGCCCGACCCGAAGUGCCGCUUCUUCUGGAGCAUGGCCGAGAAGACGCCCUACGAGACGCGCUUCCCGGGGCUGAACGCGCCGAACGUCGUCCCCGAGGCGGCGCACAUCCGCGAGCGCUGGCCGGGGGCCAUGAACAAGUGGGGCUCCUCCAUGAAGCAGGCCGUCGAGGGCCUGGCCGAGAUGGCGGCGCUGGGGCUCGGGCUGCCGUCGGACACCUUCACCGCGGCGGGGAAGUACGGCCCGCACCUGCUCGCGCCGACGGCGUCGGACCUGGUCAAGUACGGCGCGCGGGACACGAUCCUUGCGGGCUUCCACACGGACCUGAACUUCCUCACCAUCCACGGCCGCUCGCGGUACCCGGGGCUGCACAUCUGGGCGCGGAACACGGGGAAGAAAAUCGCCGUCAAGAUCCCCGAGGGGAACUACCUGCUGGUGCAGGCGGGCAAGCAGAUGGAGCACUUCACGGGCGGCUUGGUCAAGGCGGGGUACCACGAGGUGGUGGUGAACGAGAAGACGCUGGCGGUGAUGGAGCGGCGCAGGGCGGAGUGUCCGGAGCGCCCGCUGGUGCGGAUCUCGUCGACGUGUUUCUGGCACCUGUCGUCCGACUUCGACCUCACGCCGAUCCCGCAGCUGGCGGAGCGGGCGAGGGAGGUGAGGGCGGCGCAGUUUAACCUGGGCAGGGACGAGGGCGAGGAGGUCAAGUAUGUGCCGAUGAAGGUCGGAGAGCAAGUACAAGAGUAA